CGGCGCAUGCGUGCAAAGCGGUCCGUGAAAGAGACCCUCUAAGACUUAGCCACACCCCUCACCCGCUGCCUACUGCGAAGAGGCAGGGAAAAAUGCCCAGGCAGCAUAUGUUGUGGGGCUUCUCAGAACAGAGAUGGCGACAGCUUCAGCACCAAAUGCGGGUCAAAGAAGAAAGAAUAGUUGAACUGGAGACAGAAAAUGCUAUUCUGCACCUGAAAUUGGCAGAGUGCCAGGAGAGGACGAAGAGACGCAGCCGUGAGGCCCGGCUCUGCGCUCUGCUCAGGAUGAGGCAGUGUCACCAGAAACUUCAACGAGAUGUCAAGGAGUUUCGACAGUCCUUCCUGGUGCUCUUGCAGAGCUAUCAGGAUGACUUCCGGAGCUGUCUUUCUGACGUAAUGGCUGCUGUGCAGAGGACACAGCUGAGCCUCGAGGCUCUUCAAGCUUGUCAGUCAGAGGCCACACAUCUACAGCAGCGCUUGCAGGAGCUGGAAUCGCGCUACUACCUGGAGCAGCAGAGGAGGCGAGCCCUCCACAACAGCCUGGUGGAGCUGAAGGGAAACAUUCGAGUCCACUGUCGCAUUCGUCCCUUUUUGUCAUUCGAUAACAAGCUGGAUGGUUCGGCUUCACAGAACUGCCCCACCCCUGGAGAAGUGGUCCACGCUGCGGAUGAUGAAACAGUCCUGGUGAGGUGUGCUCUCCCUGGCCGCCCGACCACUGAUAAGACGUACAGUUUUGAAAGAGUGUACGGUCCAGCAGCAUCUCAGGCAGUGGUGUUUGAAGAUCUGCGCCCCCUCCUCAUAUCGCUUUUGGAUGGGUACAAUGUCUGCAUUAUGGCGUAUGGACAGACCGGAAGCGGGAAAAGCUACACCAUGCUGGGGCCCCACUCUGAAGAUGACCCCACCCUGUUGUCAGGUGCUCGUGAAGACUUGGGGAUCAUCCCCAGAGCCGCUGAGGAGCUCUUCAGGUACACCCUGUGGCUCAUUUCAGAAAACCCUUCAAGAAGUCCAAAGGUUGAUGUUUCCAUAGUAGAAAUCUAUAAUAACAACGUUUUUGACCUCCUGGCCAAAGAUAAUUCUACGGUGAUGUCGGGGACUAAGUUCCAGAUGGUGUCAACCCAGGAGGGACGUUCAGAGGUGCCCAGGCUGACCUGCAGGGCUGUCACCAGUGCUGUGGAAUUUGUGGGGCUCAUUCACAGGGGUGUGAAGCUCAGAGUGCAGCACCCCACCCUGGUGCACAAGAACUCUUCCCGGUCUCACCUGAUGGUCACGGCAACACUGACCACAGCUUCAUCCUUGGGCAGCACUGCUCCACAGUCCAGCGGAGCUUCCCCCCAGAAAAAAGCAGGGGCGGGUAAUUGGUGGAUCACCCCUCCCCCGGCUUCAUCUCCACAUGCCGUUCCGGUGGACUCUGCAGACCCUCCCGGGCAGGCGCUGGCCAGGCUGCAGCUUGUGGACUUGGCUGGCAGUGAGUGUGCAGCAGUGUCUGGGGUGACCGGCUCGGCACUGAAGGAGACCUCUUUCAUCAACCGGAGUCUGGCGGCCCUCGCAGAUGUCCUUGGAGCCUUGUCAGAGCACCGUGACCACAUCCCGUAUCGGAACAGCAAGCUCACCCACCUGCUCCAAGAUUCCAUUGGUGGUGACGCGAAGUUACUGAUGAUUCUGUGUGUGUCCCCCGGGCAGAAGCACAUGGCAGAGACUCUACGGGGCCUAACAUUUGGGGCCCGAGCUCGGCAGGCUGAGCGAAGAGCACCCAGAAGGAGACCUCCCAGCCCCCAGAUGCAGAAGCCAGGGGUGGGGCUGGCGGGGUCACGGGCCCCUUCCUGAGUCGUGCUGCUUCUCGUCAGUCAUUGGCUUUAGGAUGUGUGCGCUUCAGGAAUAAACAGUGUUCUCUUGG